AUGUCCAGGAUCAGAUUCGAUCCUAUUAAUGGCGAAGGGGUGAUUUGGCAUAUGGAAUUUUUACAUACGGAGACGACAUCAAUGGACAGGAUUGUAUUGGCUUUGAUUAUAUACAAUGAUAUUGAACGUGUGUGUCGUAUCGUUGUUUACGUAAUCGAUGCGUUAAAUAGCGAGAACGUUACAAUUGAAAAAAUUGGAAGGUUACCUUUAGAGCGAAAUACUCCCCUUCCACUUUUACUUAUACCACUGAAAUUUCAGUAUGAGACAUUCGUAUUGGUCACUGAGCAACAAGUAUGUUUGUUGACAACGGAAGAUAUUGCCUGCGGCAAUGUUUUGUAUCCAACAAGCGUUAUUCCAAGACAAUUUGGAUGCUCAGAAUAUCCAUUAUUCACUGCUUUUGCAUCGCAAUUGACUCCAAUGGAUGACUAUGUUUAUCUUGGAUCCGCUGAAGGAAUGUUAUAUAAACUUGUGGUACUAACUGAUGGUGAUAUGCACUGGAUCCCAAUACAACAAACGAAUCCUAUAAGUCAAUCCAUGUGUAUUCUUGGAACAAUUAAUAUGAUAGAUCAAGAUAGCCCUCAUGAAGUAACGAAUGCAGACAUUUUAUUAUACGCUGGUGAAAGUGCUGACAGUCAAGUUUUAGCGAUACCUUCUUCGCAACAGUUAGAUCAACCUGUCAUUCGGCAUACUGUAUUACAAACAUUAGUCAAUCGCGCUCCACUGACUGACUUUCAAGUUGCAGAUAAUUUCAGAGACCACCAGGAUGCUUUGAUAGCAUGCUCUGGACAGGACAAACAAGGCUCUCUCAGUAUUAUUACACAUGGUAUUGAAACAUCAGCUUUACAUGCAUCCUCGCCAGAAUGGAAUGGUGUAUCACGUUUAUGGAAUUUGAUCGCAAUCACUUCAGAGACACGUACAAUCCCAUGCUUGCUUGCAUCUUCUGCCAUCGAUACACGUCUCCUUUGCGCUGAAGGUAAAUCUACAACAGAUAAAUGUUGA